ACCAUUUUGUAACACAAAGCCUUCGCAGCUUACCCAUCCUCAUCUGCUAUAUAAGUCUACAAUGAUUCCGGACACUUUCAAACACGAUUCCCCGGGGAAGACGCCUUCUGGCGGGACUAUGUUCACACUAUUUAAUCGACUGCCGAUGGAACUACGGCUGAAAAUUUGGGAGGCUGCACUCCCCGGUCCGAGAGUCGUCAAUAUUAGAGAAAAGAGAUUGAAGAGAUCGAGGCAGGCAGAGGAAACGUUUCCUGGCCUUGCUACUUUCUCCCGCGACAAUUUGGUCGGAUUAACGUCAGACAGCAAGGCCCAUCUCUGCUAUUCGCUUGUACAGAAUCCUCUAAUAUCGCUUUGAAGUUUUACGUCCCAAGUUUCGCUCAGGCAACUUCGAUCCCGGAAACAUACUUCG